AGACGCUUGACGAUUCACGCAUAUCGCUGAAGGUAAGACUGACCGUUCCUUUUUGUUCUCUGCGUUAGCAGUUCGUUUUCUUUUCUUGAGCCUGUUUCAAACUUGAUGGAGGGGCAUUUCAUGUGAUGAGGGGCAAUACUUUUUUUUGCAGCAGAAGAUGGAGAAGAAGAGAUCAGCGCUGUCUACUUCACAAGACACUAUGCAGAAUUGGAGCAGCCAGAAGCGCUUCCUUCACAGGUUGAGACUCGUUCAAGCCGAUCUGUUUGCCGUCUCUCCCAUAUACAACCAGGGAGAGUAGCUGGAGGAUAUCAACUGUUAUCAAAUACCCCUCCAUCCAUGCAUCCCACUUCAACACCACAAACUCCAAACUCCCACAUGGACCCAAAGCUAACACAAACCAGACACUAAAACACAAGAUACCCCCUACCGCAAUUCCAAACCCCCCAAACCACAUCGACAUCAACACCAACAAAACCCAUCCAAAAUGGUCACCCUAACCCCCGACACAAUCGACGACCUAAUCUACUCCGCGCGCGCCGGCGAGCUCCAAGACCUUCAAACGGACCUAACCACCCUAGCAACCCAGACCUCCACGACCCCGGCACACAUCAUCGCCGCAGCAAUCGACACGGCUCCCCAAGAAGAAGGUGGAAGUGGGUCGAGUCUGCUGCAUUAUCCUGCUGCGAAUGGGAACCUAGAAAUCCUAACCUACCUCCUCACCACCCUAACCACCCUCCCCAGCCGACCAGAAAUCACCAAAGUGCUCAACCACCGGAACUACUCAGGAAACACGCCUUUGCACUGGGCGGCGCUGAACACGCAUCUGGAGUGUGUGAAGGCGCUGGUAGAGGCGGGUGCGGAUGUCGGGGUGAAGAAUGAUGCGGGGCUGGAUGCGGUGUUUUUGGCGGAGCGGGCGGAUUGGAAGACUCAGGAGGAUGGAGCGGAUGACGAGGAUGAGGAGGUUGAGGUGGAGAUUGGUGGCGAGGGUGGAGAGCAGAAACAGGAUGCUGGGGAGAUGACGAGGGGGAGACAGGUUGUCGAGUGGUUGUUGAGUUCGGAGAAGGCGGCGGAGUCGUUGGAGAAGGCUGCUAGUAAGGAUAAGGAUGAGAAGGAGGAGGGGGAGAAGAUGGAUACGACGAAUUAAUUUCUGUUUACGAUAUAUAAUGAUGAUGAAUAGGUGGAGGAGGUUUCGUUGGUAUAGUAUAGACUUGCAUCAUACAUAAAAAGUUCAUUGCGCUCUUGGUC